AUGGCCAUGGAGAACCCGGCCGAUGAACUCAAGCAAAAGGCUGAGAUCGAGGAGUACAUCACAGAUGACCGCUCUAGAGAGGCUAUCGAGUUCGAGAAGAAAGAAGCCAAGUUGCGGCGCAAGCUCGAUCUCUACAUAGCCCCCGUCAUGAUGCUUCUCAUGCUCAUCAGUUACCUUGACCGUGGGAAUAUUGGGUUCGCGGCCACCCAAGGCAUGGCUGAUGAUAUCGGUCUACAUGGCAAUCAGCUCAACACUGCCGUCUCUAUCUUUUAUUGCACAUAUGUCCUGGCAGAGCUACCCACCUCGUUAUACGUCAAACGACUUCAAUUCCACCGAGUCAUCCCUAUCAUCACCUUUUGCUGGGGACUUGUGUGUAUGUGCAUGGGAUUCAUCCAGAACUUCGCGGGUCUCUGUGUCUGCAGAAUCCUGUUGGGCUGGUUUGAAGGCUGUUUGUUUCCUUCCAUGACCUUGUUCUUGGCCAACUGGUACAGACGAGAAGAAUUGGCUCAAAGGAUAUCCUAUCUCUUCAUUGCCUCUGCGCUCUCCGGCGCUUUCGGUGGUCUCAUCGCCUUUGGCAUCCUGUACAUGGAUGGCGUCGCCGAUUACCCUGGUUGGCGGUGGCUCUAUAUCCUGGAGGGUCUUAUCACGCUCGUCUUCGCUGCCAUGUGCAUUUAUCUGGUCCCAAAGAACUACCAGACCGCCUACUUCCUCAAUGACGAAGACAAGAAAAUCAUGGCUGUCCGUGCCGAGCUAUCAGAAUCCUACUCGGGAGGCGACGGCCACUACAAACUCAGCGAUCUCAAGCUGGCCUGGAAAGACACGAAGACUUGGUUGCACGGUGUCAGUCAGAUUGCCGUGGUCACCAUUCUCUAUGGUUUUGGCACUUUCUUGCCCAUUAUCAUCAAGAACGGACUGCAUUACUCCACCAAACAAGCUCAAUAUCUCGUGAUUCCCGUCAAUCUCUGGGGAGCAAUCGUCUACGCCGUCGGUGCAGUCAUCUCCGACAGAUACCACAAGAGGUUCUUGAUCAUGGUGAUUUGUGCUCCUGUCGGCAUUGCAGGAUACGCCAUCCUUCUGAGAAUGGACGACGUCUCGGUGGGAGUCCAAUAUUUCGCAACUUAUCUCAUCGCCACCGCAUGCUUCCUCUGUACCGGCGGUAAUAUUGCCUGGCUGUCUGGCAACGUGGCACCUGACGGGAAGAGAGCUGCAAGUUUGGGUACCCAGCUCACCCUCACCAACCUUGGCGGUAUCAUUUCCGGCCAGAUCUACGCGUCCACGGACGCGCCUAAAUUUGUUCUCGGCCACGCCUGGUCCCUGGGCAGUCUGGCUUUCGCCUUCAUUGUCUUCAACAUUCUGUACGUGCUCUACAAGAAGCGCGAGGCCCGCAAGGAGGAGCUCCGCUCUCAAGGUGUGGUUACGCCGCCCCAGGAGUUCACCGACAAAUCGCCCGAAUUCAAAUACCAGCUCUAA